CCUCCUUCCCUUCCCGCGGCACCGCCGAGGCUGUGAGCGCGGCGCCCGCCCAGCGCCCGCCGGGACGAGGAAGCUGGAUGAGGACUUGCGUCCCGGGGCGUUCGGCAGCCUCUCGGGCAUGCGGCGGGCUGCGGAAACUCUGCCCUGCCCUGGAGCCGAGCGGGGACAUCAGGUAACCUCCCGCAGCCGUGCUCGCCUCGCCCCAUCCCGGCCCGGCCGGAAAGUUGCCUGCAGCCUCUCGGGAAGACAGCUGCCUUCAGAUGAUACAGAGCUCACUGACAGUUGUUCUUGCUCCAGUCCUACUUCAUGAGAACUUCAGAAGAUACUAACUGAGCAGAUGGUACGUGAACAAUACACUACAACAACACCAGGCACCAGCCUAGAGAGGCCAAAGAACGAAUAUGUCUACAAAAUUGGAAUUUAUGGUUGGAGAAAGCGUUGCCUCUAUCUGUUUGUUCUUCUCCUGCUGAUCAUCCUAGUUGUGAAUUUUUCUUUGACAAUUUGGAUUCUUAAAGUAAUGUGGUUUUCUCCAACUGGAAUGGGACAUCUACGUGUUACGAAAGAAGGCCUUCGUCUGGAAGGGGAAUCUGAAUUCUUAUUCCCACUUUAUGCCAAAGAAAUCCAUUCUCGAGUGGACUCAUCGCUGCUUCUCCAGUCUACUCACAAUGUGACUGUGAAUGCUCGCAAUUCUAAUGGAGAAGUCACAGGCAGAUUAAACGUGGGUCCUAAAAUGGUAGAAUUCCACAGCCAGCAAUUUCAGAUCAACUCAAAGGAUGGCAAGCCACUUUUUACAGUGGAUGAAAAUGAGGUUGUCAUUGGCACAGAUAAACUUCGAGUCACAGGGCCCGAAGGAGCACUUUUUGAACACUCUGUAGAAACACCACUUGUGAAGGCAGAAGCUUUUAAACAGCUAAGGUCAGAGAUGCUACAGACUGCCAGCAAAGCCUGGCUGGAGUCACCAACUCGGUCUCUGAGCAUGGAUGCACCAAGAGGCAUUAACAUCAAAGCGCAAGCAGGGAAUAUUGAAGCUCUUUCCCAGAUGGACAUCAAACUGCACAGCAGUGAUGGCGUUCUCUUGCUCGAUGCAGAAACGGUGAGACUGCCUAAGCUGCCCGAGGGUACAAGAGGAGGACCCGGUGUGUCCCAGGGACUGUAUGAAAUCUGCGUUUGCCCAGAUGGAAAACUUUACUUGUCGGUGGCUGGCCUGGGUUCCACAUGCCAGGAGUACAGCCGGGUCUGCCAAUGAAGCACGAUGACAGCCAGCACAUGCCCUCGCAAUUCCCGGUUUUAUAUUGUUGCUAAAGAGCAUCUACUGAAAACAGAAUUUUCAGAAUUUUAAAAACAAAAGUACUGCUGUUUAGGAAACAAUCCUGUGUCUACAACUCUGGAUUACAGGGUGAUGGGGGAAGAAGAGCACAAAUGGCAUUUCAACCUCAGAAGAGUUAGCUUGACUCUGAUGAUACAUUCUGGCAGUCACACUUUGAAAACAGCCUGACAGAGAGCGUAAGGAACAAUAAAAGGAGUAUUUUCUUGCUGAACUAUUAUUCAGUCAGAUGAUUAUGUAACUGCUAAUAUUUUUGAGCUCUGUGGGUUUUUUCUCUCACUACAUGUAAACACUUACUGUAUUAGUGGGCUAUAUUAAAUUGAGUGAACUACUUGAACUAUUUGAUAAAACAAAGCAUUCUUUGGGGGAAUUCAGACAGUGCCAGCAAAAGGUCUAUGCAAUUUUGUUCUUGCAAUAACACAAAAUAUGAAAGAUGUGCUAUUUGUAUAAGUCUUGUGUAAAAGGUGUGAAUUUGUUGAUAGCUUUCUAUUUUAAUUUGGCAACUUACAUGCUGAUUUGCUUAUUACUAAGAUUCACCUAAAACUAACCAAUGCAAAUGUUCCAGGAGUUACUUACACCCUCCUGUGUCUUCAAAGUUUUUCACUGAAGAGAAGUAUGUCAGUAUAUUUUAUAAUAGCAAUAGUUACACUGCCUGUACCAUCGCACUCAUUUAAAAAAGCCUUUUUAAUUUUAGGACAUGCUAAUUCAACAAGGCAAAUUGCUCUGCCAGCUCGACAGAAAUAAUCCUUAAUGUGGCUCCACGUUGUCUGCUGCAAGGAAUUGUUUGGGCGGUGGGGGAAAAAAAUCCUUUUGCAGCCCACGGGAUUCAGUUAUGAGGACUAUUCAAUUUCCAUCUGCAGCUGUUGACUGAUAUCUCUGAUGCUGUCAGAGUGGGACUCCACCACAAAUGGGGAGAGUAAAACUACUCUUUUUUUUUUUUUUUUCUUUUUACAUUAGGACUUUAGAUACCAAGUAAAUGCUCACCAGAGCCGAGAAACUAUUUAUUGACCUUGGAGAGAAACACGACUGCAGACUCAUUCCCCUGUACAGUGUUGCACUGAACACUAAUAAAUUGUUUGCACACCUCCAGAUAGCAGAAUUUGUAUUUAAUAAUCUCAAGGUAUUUCAGUGCCAUUGAUGCUGUUUUGUAUACCCUUGAUAUUCUCCCAAGUAGGAGCUGCUAUCACAUAGUGCCUUGGAGUCUGUUUACAGAAAGAUUUUAAACCAUAAUAAUUAUUAAACCACAGAAUACCCAUCGUUCACAGAAAAGAAGCUUCAUCUUUAAGGCUGGAGAAUCGGAACAAAAGAAUGAGCAAAACUGCCAUUUUUUACACUUGGUGCUUUGGCUGUUCUGGAGGGUUGGAGAAACCAAUGCUGAUCUAGGAUCCUAGACACCGAGAAAAGACUGAGUGGAAAAAAAGCCCCCAGUUAACAGUAUCCACUCAUAUUGAGGUAAAGCUUUGGGUAGUCCCUGCCUCAAGGGCUGUCUUUGUAAUUUAUCCAGUGAUGGUAAUGUACAAUGCUGAAAUUACCCUUCAUUAGCAGGGUGGAGCCCUCAGCAAUUGAUGCAAACUAGAAGAGCUUCAAUGGGAAAAAUAGGAGACGUGAGAGCUGAAAUGUUGGGUCCCUUCAGGCCAAGGAGGCAACUGAAUCAAGGUCUCCCAUGUUCUGUGGGGAGUGCUCUGAUUGCUAACAUCAUGCCUAAGGGUGAAGCAGGAAGCCACACAGCUUCCAUGUCUCAAAUUCCUUUUGCCCGAGCUUAGGGAUCUCUCUCCAGUAUUGAUCCCAGGGCUCUUGUCUCUAAAGAGGGGAAUAUUUCUCUACUACUGAAUAAUGCAACUAAGCCCUCAACUGAAACAGGCUUUAACAGAAAUAGGUCUCUGGCAUUUCUUUAAAGUCGGUUUAGGUGGUUACAGCUCCCCAUACAAGUUCUUGCAGACCAAAUUAUGAGUAGCCUUACUUUAUUCAUUGAAUGGAAAAUCUGUGUAAGUAAAAGCAAAUUCCACUGCUAAAAGAAAAUCGGAGGGCUGUAAUGUCUGUAAGUAGUCCAACAGUGAAACAGAGGCUAAAGUCCUCAGAGAGUUCAGUCACUAUCUAGUUGCAGACAUCUGAGUUUUCCUCAUACUUACGAUUCUGACAGCAAGGACCAUAUAUCCACUUGCAUGUGGUACCAAACUUCUGAUCUACCAGACUAAACCUCUAAAUUUUAGCCAGAGACUGAAAUUAAAUGUGUUAUUCACAAUCUGCCUAUUCUGCGGGCCAUGAAAAUAUAGCAAUUUGAGUUACUCAUUUUAAGCUUCUGCUUUGUGGGCACAUUUUCAAACAUGAAUUGCCAGUUAAUACAGAGCAGGGGACUGAAUCCAGCCUUUCCAUGUUUCACAAGAGUAACCUACUGCCUAAAAUGCUGCGUAUUUGGAAGCAAUUUCAUUUGCAACUUUGUCCAUUGAAAUUUCUCUGCCUUAGUUAACAUUUACGAAGCUGUGGUGUAUACCUAGGAAAACUGGCGUGCCAUUCCCUGGCUAAGUAACGCUACUAAGCAUUAUGACACCUCAGUUAAACAUUGAAGUAACUACUGCGUUUCUGUGGAGAGAAUGCUUUUUGACUUGCCUAAGUCCAGAGGUGAAUCCUGAGUAGUGCAGAGAUCUGUUGUGUCCUGGGCUGGGCUAUUAUCCAAAUCUAGCUUGUUUGUCUCUCUCCGUUAUUUUAGACUUCAAUUCUUGUUUUUGUUGUGCUACAAAAUUGACAUUGAAAACAUAACUGUGUUUUCUAAAUUGUAAGUGGAAAAACUACUGUUUUUUUUAAAGUGUGGAUAACAAUUUCUUGUCACCGAAGAACAUUUUGGUUUAUUUUAAUUCUGGUUAGUGAAGAAAAUAAGCUUAUGCUAACGUUAUCACAGUAUAAUCAGUUGACACCAUUAUCGGAAUUGUUAAAGUCAUUGCAGUUCAUAUAUCACUAAAUCAUCAUUUCUAAUAUCUCCAUAUGGACAACUUACCAUCACUUUUAAAUACUUCAAGAUUACUGUUUCUGCUUGAAUCAAACUCUAAUAAAUAGUUAGAGACCAACAGAAAAUUACAGCACAGGAAAUCAAGAUGAGGCACUUCUCUGAUUUAUUUUCAGAAGUGUUAAACAAAUGGAGAAAAAAAAUACCACCCAGCAUUCUGAACUGUAUUGUUGCAUAAUUCCCUCCCCCCCCCCCUUCAAAAAAAAAAAAAAAAGAACUAAUUAUGGCAGUUAUUGUAGCUGGUGAAGAUUACUACAUGUUGGAAAAUUAAAAAGGCCAAAUGAUAGUAAAUACUUACUGAUAAUUGCCCAGACCCAGCCCUCUGUGUUUCCAUUUUAGUUCUUCAUUAUUUACGCUUGUCUAUCUUUUUAUAGAGCUUUAUGCAAAAAGAAAUGGCAAGAAUUAACUGAAAACUGAGUUCUUAAAUAAACUUUAUACAUUUUGAAAAA